UUCGCAGGAAAUCCGCGUCCAGCGUCACGCGAGUUUCAAAUAACUCUGUUUCUUCUAUGCUAGGGUUUUAGUCUGACCAUCUCUUAAAACCUCCGUUUCACCUCAAAUCUUCUCCCAAACGUUUCAAAAUCAAGCAUUUCAGGAAAAAAAAGAAAAAGAAAAGAGAGGAAAGAAAAUGUCUUCCGAAAUUCCUCCCAACGACCGAAACGCUACCGAAACACCUCCAACACCAGAAGAGAGAGAAAAGCCUCUCAGCAAGAAAGCCGCGAAGAAGGAAGCAAUGAAAGCCGAGAAAGCCAUGAAGCGCCAGCAAGAAGCCGAUGCCGCCGCUGCUGCCGCGUCGGCUGCUGCAGAAACCGACCCUCUCUAUGAAAAUUACGGCGAUGCCCUUCUCAUCGAUCUCCAAUCGAAGGCCAUCAGCGGCCGUAAGUGGACGGAGAUUAAGUUGUUGAAUGACGGGUUGAAGGAUCAGCAGGUCCUGAUCAGAGGUCGGGCCCAGACGAUCCGUGCCGUUGGUAAGAACAUGGCGUUUCUGGUACUGAGGAGGGGAGGCUAUACCGUCCAGUGCAUUGUGACCGUUGCUCCGGAAUUGGUCAGCAGGCAGAUGGUGAAGUUCGCCACUGGGAUCAGCAAGGAAUCGAUUAUUGAUAUCGAAGGGAUCGUCACCGUUCCCCAAGUUCAGAUCAAAGGGGCCUCGCAGCAGGUGGAAGUGCAAGUUAGAAAAAUUUACUGUAUCAGUAAGGCUGUGCCUAAUCUGCCUAUUAAUAUUGAGGAUGCUUCUCGAAGUGAGAAGGAGAUUGAAGAUGCUAAGAAGGCUGGAGAACUGCUUGUCAGUGUUGGUCAGGACACACGUUUAAAUAAUAGAGUUCUUGACAUCCGCACACCUGCUAAUCAAGGGAUUUUUCGCAUACAAUGUCAAGUUGGAAAUAUAUUCAGGCACUUUUUGUUAUCUGAAGAUUUUGUUGAGAUCCAUACUCCAAAGUUGAUAGCAGGCGCAAGUGAAGGUGGUUCAGCUGUUUUCAAACUGGACUACAAAGGGCAGCCUGCUUGCCUAGCGCAGUCACCUCAGCUUCACAAGCAAAUAUCGAUUUGUGGUGAUUUUGGCCGUGUUUUUGAGAUCGGCCCUGUUUUCAGAGCGGAGGAUUCCUACACGCAUAGGCAUUUGUGUGAGUUUACUGGCCUUGAUGUUGAGAUGGAGAUCGAAGAGCACUAUUUUCAGGUCUUAGACAUUGUCGACCGUUUAUUCGUUACAAUGUUUGACAGUUUGAACGAGAAAUGCCAAAAGGAACUCGAUGCAAUUGGGAGGCAGUAUCCAUUUAAACCUUUGAAGUACUUGUCGAAGACUUUGCGACUCACUUUCCAAGAAGGGGUUCAAAUGCUUAAGGAAGCUGGUGUCGAAGUUGAUCCAAUGGGGGAUCUAAAUACAGAGUCGGAAAGAAAAUUGGGGCAGCUUGUUCUAGAGAAGUACAAUACCGAGUUCUAUAUACUUCACCGCUAUCCAUUGGCUGUCAGGCCAUUUUACACCAUGCCAUGUUAUGAUGACCCAGCUUACAGUAAUUCAUUUGAUGUCUUCAUUCGAGGUGAGGAGAUCAUUUCAGGAGCGCAACGUGUACAUGAUCCUGAGUUUUUGGCAACUCGUGCAGAGGCAUGUGGUAUUGAUUUAAAGACGAUAUCAACAUACAUUGAUUCUUUCCGAUAUGGUGCUCCUCCGCAUGGCGGAUUUGGUGUGGGUUUGGAGCGGGUUGUGAUGCUCUUCUGUGCUCUGAACAACAUCCGCAAAACAUCGUUAUUUCCGCGCGACCCACUCAGGCUUGCUCCCUAAUUUCAUUAUGCCUUUUGGGACCCCUUUGAUUUAGAUCGCCCUUUGAUUUCACAUGGAUUGAAUUUGCUAGUAGUUUCAAGUUCCAGGGCAUUUUUUUGGGUCCGAAGUAGAGGCUGAAAAUUAAAGAGGAAUGUACACUUUUACUUUCAUGGGUUUGUCAAAACAGGCCCUGAAACAUCUCGCUGUUACACAUGGUGUUUAUUUAGAUUGUUCGAGACAUUUGAGUUGGUGGAUGGGGCCUAGGCUAAUACAAGGAUUAUAUGAGCCAUCAGAUCAGUGGUCUGUAAAUCUUUUGGUUAACUGUCCACUGGUAUAGGUGAUCCCAUGCUUAUUUCUUGA